AGCCAGUUAAGUGCGCAGCUUUUAACUGUACAACUUCAAUUUCAGCAUGCUUGCGGACGACAUAGGAAUCUUCGGAUCCCAUCGGCGUGUGAACACAAAUACACUGACCCUGUUAUUUACUUCGCGUCCGUAGCGAAGAAACCGUAUUUUAUGGUGGAUUUCAUACGGGGAGUUCAACGCUGUAGUGGCGAGCUCAAGUCGCUACAAAUAAGAGGACACGAGGAUCCUUAAAGGACCAUGGAGGAGGCCCCAGAGGUCCCUGUCUCAGACCCAGUCCCGGACCCGGCCCUAAUCCUGACCCCAACACCUUGUCCUGCCUCCAACAUACCCUCCCAAAGCCUGUUGGAGUGGAGGAAGAGGGUUAAGUCUGAGUACAUGCGCCUCCGUCAGCUGAAACGCUUUAAAAACGCAGAGGAGGUCAAGGCCCUGUUCAUGUCCAACCGGCAGAAGAUAGAGGAACGUACCAACCUGCUGAACGAGGAGUGGUCCAAGCUGAGGAUCCAGUCAGUUCCCCUGUCUACCCCAGGUGGAGCGCUACCCGGUAAAAAGUUGUGCAUGGUGGAGUUUGGCUUCCCAGCGAUUAAAGCUCAGGCGGUUGCCAUGCGGCCCCUGACGACCGUGGCAGGAAUCCCCUUCAUGUACUCCUGGUCCCCUCUGCAGCAGAACUUCAUGGUGGAGGAUGAGACGUUCCUCCAUAACAUCCCCUACAUGGGAGACGAGGUGUUGGAGCAGGACGAGGCCUUCCUGGAGGAGCUCAUCGACAACUAUGACGGUGUCCAUGGAGACAGAGGGGGAGGGUUCAUCAACGACGAGAUCUUUAAAGAGUUGGUGGAAGCCUUGAGCCAGUACUCAGACCAGGAGGAGGAAGAGGAGGAGGCGGCGGAGGAGAAGAAAGGGGGGAAAGAGGAGGAGGAGGAGAAGGGGGUGAGGAAGAGCGCUGGGGAAGGGACUGAAGAGGCCAAGGUGGGCCCCACAGCCUUCUUCAGGAGGAAGAGGAGGAGUGUCAUAGAGGUGAGGGAGUUGCCUGCCAAUAAGAACAUCCCGCAUGAUAAGAUAUUCACGGCCAUCGCCUCGAUGUUCCCCUACAAGGGUACGACGGAGGAGCUGAAGGAGAAGUACAAGGACCUCCUGGAGCCCCCCAGCCCGGUAAAGCUGCCCCCCCUCUGCACCCCUAACAUAGACGGGCCGUUCGCCAAGUCUGUCCAGCGGGAGCAGUCCUUACACUCCUUCCAUACGUUGUUCUGCAGGCGCUGCUUCAAAUACGACUGCUUCCUCCACCCUUUUCACGCUACACCCAAUGUUUACAAGAGGAAGAGCAAGGAGAUUCGCAUGGAGACAGAGCCCUGUGGUCCAGACUGCUUUCUGCUACAGAAAGGGGCCAAAGAGUUUGCGGAUCAGGAGAUGCUGCGCUCCCAGAGGCCCCGGCGGCGGCGGCGGCAGCCACGCCCUCCCAGCUCCAGCUGCCCUGGCCCGUCAGGCACCACUGAGGAGGCCAAGCAGGUGGAUAGUGACCACGAGACCACCAGCUCCUCAGAGAGCAACUCUCGCUGUCAGACCCCCACCAAGGUGUGCCCGGCGGAGGAGCACGGGGAGCAGGUGGAACCUCCUGUCCAGUGGAGUGGGGCUGAGGAGUCUCUGUUCAGAGUGCUGCACGGAACCUACUACAACAACUUCUGCUCCAUCGCUCGCCUCAUCAGCACCAAGACCUGCAAACAGGUGUAUGAGUUUGCUGUGAAAGAAGUCCUGAUCCAUCGUGUUCCGUUGGAGGAUGGUGGCAACGCCCCUCAGAAGAAGAAGAGGAAGCACAGGUUAUGGGCAAAGAUACAGCUCAAGAAAGAUAACUUGUCCAAUCAGGUGUUCAACUACCAGCCAUGUGACCACCCGGACCACCCAUGUGACAGCUCCUGUCCCUGUGUGAUGACCCAGAAUUUCUGUGAGAAGUUCUGCCAGUGUGAGCACGAGUGCCAGAACCGUUUCCCGGGCUGCCGCUGUAAGACCCAGUGCAACACCAAGCAGUGUCCCUGCUACCUGGCGGUGAGGGAAUGUGACCCAGAUCUGUGUAUGACCUGUGGAGCCGCAGACCACUGGGACAGCAAGGUAGUCUCCUGCAAGAACUGCAGCAUCCAAAGGGGGCUCAAGAAGCACCUCCUGCUGGCCCCCUCAAACGUGGCAGGGUGGGGCACCUUCAUCAAAGAGUCAGUUCAGAAGAAUGAGUUCAUCUCGGAGUACUGUGGAGAGCUAAUCUCGCAGGAUGAGGCAGACCGACGGGGGAGGAUCUACGACAAAUACAUGUCCAGCUUCCUCUUCAACCUGAACAAUGACUUUGUCGUGGACGCCACAAGGAAAGGGAAUAAAAUCCGAUUUGCGAAUCACUCGGUGAACCCAAACUGCUACGCUAAGGUGGUCAUGGUGAACGGAGACCACCGCAUCGGGAUCUUUGCCAAACGGGCUAUCCUACAGGGGGAGGAGCUCUUCUUCGACUAUAGGUAGAGCCCUGUGGCCAUGGGAACACUGGAGCCUCGAUACAAUACGGUACAGCCAGGAUGAUGCCCUGAAGUAUGUGGGCAUAGAGAGAGAGGUCGACGUGACCUAGCAUUGACCUGCUGCAUUUCAACCACCCGC